AUGGGCAGCCAUCAAAAUGGAGCUUCGCUCCCCGUAUGCAUCGGCGCCGCGAUUGUGCGCAAUUUUGCUAACAAGGGCUGUAAUGUCAUAAUAAACUAUGCCACAGAGAGCUCGGACAAUUCUGCGGCAACCCUUGCCCAGGAGCUUGAGCAGGCAUACUCCGUCCGAGCACUAGCCUUGAGGGCGGACAUUUUUCGGCAGAGUGCGAGAGACUCAUUGAUAUCAUUGGUGGCUGUUCGUGACGAUGACAGCGAGGAGGCCAAGGAGCUGGGUGAAAAAUUUGGUGGAAGAGCAGCGUAUGCCGAGGAAAUCGCCGGUUUAAUCGCGACAAUCUGUAACUCCGAGUUUGGGUGGUGCACAGGGAGCAUUAUUACGGCCAACGGCGGAUUAUCGUUCAGUAUUUGA